AGCUGUUGUUUCUCGAGGCCCCCAGCCAUUGUCUGCCAGAGAGUUGCCGAGCACUGCAAGGCCUUGUGCCGAGCAGUUCUAUGCAUGGCACUGCGAUCAGAUCGUUCUUAUCUCGAGUGGUGCUGAUCGUCGCGCCCUUGGAGGCCGCUGGGCGAUGCUUGAUCGACGAGCAGCCUCUGCUGCGGUACCGGAAGCCGGCCCUGCCGUAUAUUAUGCUGGAGGUGCACAAUUGGGCCUCCAGUCAGUUGGUCACCGCCAUCUUCAGAAUCCUGGUAGAAGAGUACUUGGGUUACGAGGUCGUUGAAAAUCGGGUUGGCACAAGCAACCGUGCAUUCAGGCGGGCCUCCCUCAAGGGAGACAACAUAGACAAAGACGGGGCCGAUGGCACAGCGUUGCUGCAGGCGCUGGAAGCAGGGGAUGAGUUCGGGUACGUAGCCUUAGAGGUCUGGACGGAACAGCAGCAGUCUGACAUAGAACACAUGACCACAGUAACGAAGCAGGCAACAAGUGCAGGCAGGAUCGGCUACGUCGGGCGGAGUGGCCUGUACACAGCCAGAGCGUCCGCCGAGAGCCCGUUGAACCUUGAUUCGUUCAAUAAUCUCAGAAUCCACACAUCGUUUCCGGAAAGCAUGCAGCGGUUUCGGUUGAUCAACGAGUCGUCUCAUUCUAUAGAUUGUUCUGAUCCGUCGCGUGGCACGGAUGCUUCCCGGCUGUGGCCGUUUCGAAAUUGGGACACCGAGCCAGCAAACAUAACAUGUCUGGCGUGCAGCAGUGGCAGUUGUAGUCUGUGGUGCCCUGCGCAUGUAGAUGGCGAUGCAAGUUUUGGCCCAGUUCCAAUUUUUCAUUUCCCAGGUUACGAGCGCAAGAUCUUCGAAGAGGUUGCCCACAACCAGCACCUCCAUGUCGCCUUCCGAUACCUGGAUUUGCCUGUGCCUGAUUUCGUGAAAGAAGUUGCGAGGCAUAGAGCCCCAUUCCUAUUUUACUUCUGGGUGCCGACAGUGGGGAUUGCAGCGAAUGAUUUUACAAGAGUUUGGCUCCCCGCGGAGGAUGACUGUGGAGAGCACGAUGCAAGUGACUCGAGUCGGUUGGGCACGUGGAGAUGCGAUACAUCUGGUCAGCAGUUGCUAAAAGUUAUGUCCAACAGCAUUCCUGAAAAUGCGCCGCUGGUUGAGCAGUUGGCCGUGCAUUUCAAAAUACCUGUUGGCACAAAGCUUCCGCCAGAUCUCCUCCAAAACAUUACUGAUUUUGCGGAUGUAGAUCUUCACGACGCAGGGAUUAGCCAGUUGUUGGGAGUCUAUGGCCAUUUUCAGGGCAUUAUGCCAGACGGUGAUGGCGAGGAGCUGAUUCGAAAUGUCGCAUGCCAAUGGGUGCGUCAGAAUCGAGACAUAUGGAAGGUUUGGUCUGAUCGGAACCUGCCGUGGUGGGUUAACAUUUCCAACCCGUUGUUGUUUACAGUAUCGUCCGUUGUGUUAGUGGGCUGCGUAGUUUGGAUCAUCGUGUGGGAGAUGUGUUGGUUGCGAUCGGGCAUGUUAGGCAAACGCUGUACGCGCAAGACGGAGAUAGACGAGUUGUGUGCCGACCUGGUUGGAUCCCAGUCGUCCACAUGGGCGCACUCGCUUCGGUCAUCCCUGGCCAGCAGGCAUAGUAUAUCCGGCACGUGCACUGAAAGUCUUGGCCAGGAGGGAUCGGACGACGCCCGUGGGGAUGUCUGCACAAUUGACUGGGCCACGUCCCUCUCCUUCGAGGCCCCACCCAGCGGCGUGAUAGAGCUCAAGGUCGCCCGCACAGGCGACUGCUCGGGCGCGGCGGCGGUGGCCGUGAGCGCCGACGGCGGCGACGCGGCGCAGGGCCAGGACUACCGGCUGCUGUCGCACCAGUGUGCCUUCAAGCCAGGGGAGAGCGCGCGUCCUGCAUCCGGGUGGAGAUCCUGAGCGCCCCCGACUUCGGGCCCAGCUACCGGGCCCGGAGGGGCUUCCACGUGUCGCUCGACGGGGUGUGCGCGGGGCGCGCCCGGCUCCGCCGCCCGAGCGCCACGGUGCAUGUGAGCAUCCGCGGCGUUGGCAGUUUUCUGGAUUUCAAGGGGGGCAAGCGGUCUACAAAGAACUUGUUGAAACGAUGGCUGAAGCUCCUGUACUACGAGGACAGGACGAGUUUCUGGUGUGCCGCUGGCUGCAAGGUGUACGAGAGCCUGCACGAAGUCGUGGUGAUGAUCCUUACCCUGCAGGUAAUCGUUGACCAGAUGCUGAACGACACGCUCUGGACGGUCGCUCCCGUCGCCGUCGCCAUGGUUUUUUCAUCCGCAAUCUUCACCCGAUGGCUCGACAUGGCCUUCGUGAAGUACAGCAGAGCCGGCCAGAUAUCGAUGCGCCUGCGUGCCCAGAUCUUGCGGAAGUUUUGGAAUCUCUCCAUGCAGUCUCAUUUCCGGUUGGACGAUCAGCAGGUGCGGUGGCUCAUGUCGUUACUUCGCGCAAACGAGAUUACCAGUUCGUGGCUUAACCUCUUCGACGUUAUAGGCCAGACGGCGAAAUUGGUAUUCAGCGUUUUCGUGAUCAUUCUCACGGCUUCUCAGUGGUUCACCGUCAGUUCUUUCUCCGAUGUGUUUGUCUCGCAAGCGCACAUUUUUCUAACAAUCGCAGCGUACGCGGUCUUGAGUUUUGUCAUCUUCCUUGUCGUGGCAAUGGGCGGCCGUGCGCAUCAGCAGGCCAAUCUGGUGGAGCGAUGCGAGGAGCAGCUCGACAUCAUCGUCAAGCAGUUCAUGUGGACCUUGCAGAAUUGGUCCAUCGUUGUUUCGGACAGUCCGCGCCUCGACAAAGUCGAUGAUAUCCAGCAGCACGCGAUGCAAUCGAACAGUGAGUACGCUGCUCUCCUCAGGGAGGUGUGGCUCGGGGAGAUAACAACCUAUUGGAUAUCUAAGUACAUAUCGUACGCAAUCAGGGUGGCUCUGAUGUACUACGGCGCCAUGACCGUCAUGGAUGCUGAGAGAUUCGGUGUGGGGAAGUUCACGGUCGGAUCAUUUAUUUCGAUUGUGCAGGUCGUGGAUGUAUUCGGCAACACUAUCACGAAGUUGAACCAGGACGGGCUUCAAUUCAUUCGCGCAGGAGGCGAGUUGAACAACUACGCAGCCUUGCUUUCUUUGGACAGAGAGGAGAAGGAACAUGAGACUGAGGAGGUCGACGGUAGCAACUCGGCCAAUAUCCAGUCAUUCGGUGAUAACCGCAUAGUCUUGGAAAAUGUAUGCUUCAGGUACUCCCCUGCCCUGGAUGACGUCAUCCACGCUUGUUCUAUGGAGAUUUCUUUGGGCUGCUCUUUUAUCAUAUCUGGCCCUCGAAGCGCUGGCAAGCUCACGCUGUUGCGACUCCUGAUGGGUCGGCAUUCCAUGACACCUCGCUCUGGAGCGCUUCACGUGCCACCGUGGAUGAGAGUGUGCCUUCUUGAUGGGACUGGCCAUUUCAUCCCUGGGAUGUCGCUAAACAACCACAUCCUGCUGGGAACGGACCGUGCGAGCAAGGAAUCAAUUGCACAGUUGCUUGCGAGAGCGUUGCCGUUGCAAGGCCUGUGCAACAUUGUAGGCAGGAGGGAUACCAUUACCAGCGAGAGCAUCGAAAGUGUCAUCAGUGACAAUUCGUCAGGGCAUGCAGAUGAAGACGUCGCUCACAUCACGACGCGCGAGCGAUUCAUAGUGCACGUUGCGAGGGCGUUGCUUCGCGAUCCCGACCUGAUGCUCGUGAACACGAGGGCGGUUCCAGACGACUACUGGACCGAGAGGAUUUACGUCCUACUCAGCCUGUGGCAGCUGGCUGGCGGCUUGGAAGGGCUGGCCAAUGAGCUGACCCAGAUGGAGGCCGCCGACGUGUCUGUGCGAACAGGGCAGCCCUCCAUAAGCGCGUCUGAUCUUCUCAAGCGGCUCAGGCUUCUCAACGGAAGCGUCGCGCCGCGGGCGCCGGCGAGGGCAGCGGCGCCGCGGGCGCGCCCCUGCGCACGCUGGUGGUCCUGCCGCCCUCGGCCAGGAGAGGCUCCUGGCCAGGCCCGUGGGCAGCUGCUUCGGGGGGAUCAUCCGCCUCGGCGACGGCGACAGGAGAGCCAGUGCGUGGUCGAGGCGCUCGGCAACGGUGCGGAGCCCUCGCAGACCGUGGCGCCCUCCCUCGGCGACCGGAUGCCGACCCCGAGGUCUGUUGUGUCGGAGAGAAGGAGAUGCAGUCGGCCCUCUUCGACAACAUGGAACCUUUCUAUCGCUCUGACCUUAGUAGCAGUCGCAAUAUAAGCGAUCUCGUUCUCACCCGUCUCGUCCGUGGCCUCCCGACCAAUGUCCACCACACACCUCACAUGCACAAGCAGAAGCACUGGGCUCCAUGGGGUUCGUUGGCAGCGCUGCGAAAUCAGUGCAGGCCUGUCGGUUGUCCUUCUCGGACAGCUUAUGUUUCAUCCGUUGGGAAUGAGGGUGAGGACACGGUCCCCGUCUGACCGCCUGUGCGUGGCUCCUCCUGGACCCGCCAAGACGGCCUGCCCCGAGCUCGCUGUGCGCUUCCGCAGCGCAGCCUUCGCAGCACCCUGGCGGCGACAGGGUGUACCUUCUAAUGGCAGGGGAACGGCAAAGAAGAUGAGCAUCAGCAGUCGGAGGUCCAGCGCCCUGGCGGCGCCUCCGCCGCCGCCCCUGGCGCGCUCCGCGCGCCGGGGAGGGGGGGUCCAGCGCCAGUCCAAGAAAUCCGCGCGGAGCGCCACACAAGUUUAUGGUCUGAUCGCGUUUCUUCUUCGUCUGUUCUCCUCGGUCGCACGACGCAUGUUCCGCCCCAGCCUCCCUCCUGGGCAUCUUGCGCCUCACGCUGCUCUUUCCUGGUUCGGCCCAGUGGCCACUGCGUGACCGUCGGCGUGCCGUAUUCGCGACCACCCUCGCACGCCUUUGAGAAGUGUUCCGGCCCACUGGCCGAAAGAGCGCCAGCGGAUCCCCGAGGAGUCGAGAUUUCACCCGAGAAGAACCGCCAAUCAGUGGAUGGCUUG